AGUAAAAAGGGGAUGAACAAUGUGUGGCUGUGGUGCAAAUUGCAGAACGUCAUAAUGGUGGAGGUCUGAAUGGAUGUUGGGUCUGGUUGCUUUGCUAGCUCUGGCACUAGCCGCUUCUUAAGACACAUCUUUCCCUCUUUCUGCUCUAAUUAUCGCAACCAAUCACAAUCACUCUCUUUCCUGAAACCCUUGAAACUCAUGCCUCAACAACAUCUGACCAUGAGGUCUGCAAAUGUUGAAGAGGUGGUUAAUUCGUCCAUCGAGCUUCCCCUCUUCGAUCAUCAUCGCAUUGAUCAAAAACUGCUUCAAAACAUCGCUUACGAUGCUCUUGUUUGGAGCUCUCUCCAUGGCCUCCUUGUUGGCGAUAAAUCUGUUCAGAGAUCAGGAAGCGUUCCUGGUGUGGGCUUGGUGCAUCUGCCGUUUGCUGUAUUACCCUCAUCAUUUCCUGAAAGUCAUUGGAGGCAAGCGUGUGACUUAGCACCUUUAUUUAAUGAACUUGUUGAUCGGGUGAGUUUGGAUGGAAAAUUUCUACAGGAAGCUCUCUCCAGAACUAAGAAAGCGGAUGAAUUUACCUCUAGACUUUUGGAUAUUCAUUCCAAGAUGCUAGAGAUUAACAAAAAAGAGGAAAUACGCAUGGGAAUACUUCGUUCAGAUUAUAUGGUUGAUGAAAAGACUAAAUCACUUUUACAAAUAGAGCUGAACACUAUUUCCUGUGCAUUUGCUGGUGUUGGUAGUGUCGUGACUGAACUUCAUAGGAACAUUCUUUCUCACUAUGGAAAAUUGCUUGGGCUAGAUUCCCAAAGGGUUCCUGUUAAUGCUGCUGUCAGUAAGUCUGCAGAGGCCUUGGCUAAAGCUUGGAGUGAAUAUAAUAACCCCAGGGCUGUGAUUAUGUUUGUGGUUCAGGCUGAAGAACGAAGCAUGUAUGAUCAGCAUUUGAUUUCUGCACUUAUAAGAGAAAGACAUCAUAUUACAACCAUACGAAAAACGUUGGCAGAAGUUGAUCAAGGAGGAGAAAUUCUACCAGAUGGAACACUUUCUGUGGAUGGACAAGCAAUUGCCAUCAUUUACUUCCGGGCGGGCUAUACACCAGCUGACUAUCCUUCAGAAUCUCAAUGGAGAGCUAGGCUACUGAUGGAACAAUCUUCUGCUAUCAAAUGCCCUUCAAUAUCUUAUCAUUUGGUUGGCACCAAGAAGAUUCAACAGGAACUUGCGAAGCCUAGUGUUCUUGAGAGGUUCUUUGAAAACAAAGAAGAUAUUGCCAAACUGCGUGAAUGCUUUGCAGGAUUGUGGAGUUUGGAUGAUUCAGAUAUUGCUAAAAAAGCAAUUGAAAGGCCAGAGUUAUUUGUGAUGAAGCCCCAAAGAGAAGGAGGAGGAAACAAUAUUUAUGGUGAUGCUCUGAGAGAAACCCUCCUAAAAUUGCAGAAAGCAGAUUCUGGAGAAGAUGCAGCUUACAUCCUUAUGCAGAGGAUAUUUCCAACUAAUUCUCCAACGGUUUUGAUGCGUAAUGGUAGUUGGCAUAAGGAUCAUACCAUAUCAGAAGUUGGGAUAUUUGGUACUUAUUUAAGGAAUAAGGAUACGGUUAUCAUGAAUGACCAAAGUGGCUAUAUGGUGCGUACAAAACCAUCAUCAUCUGAUGAAGGUGGGGUUUUACCUGGUUUUGGAGUAAUAGAUAGUGUAUACCUGACUUGACGGAGCCAAUCCCUUUAGUUAUCAGGGUAAUUCAAAACCUUACGUAGUUGAAUGUUUGCAUAUUAUCAUUUAAGUCACCUGUUUUUAUUUAUCUGCCUCCGAAAAUGGAGAAAGAAGAGGGAGGCCACGCUGUUUCUUUUGCAUUCCCCUUGGGGUGUUACAUAAUUAUGUAACAUGUUAAUGCUUCUUUCAACGGCCGGUUUUAUUGUAAACAAUAAAGAUUGAUGAACUGUUCAAACCUGUUCGUUCUUACUGAAAGACAGCUUGAUUGGAAUUUUGUUUCU